AUGUCGAUGUUCAAGACUUUACAACAUCAGCCACGGGUUAUCUCUUUGUUUACACACAAUUUGGAAAACAACAGGGCAACUGAGGCUAUUUUACAACUGCUGAGAUGCGAUGCCGAUAGUAAGUACAAUGUGGAGUUGGAUACGAAGUUUCCAACGUUGGAUCAGCUCAAGUAUAUGAAUGGGAUCAAUUCGCAGCUAUUACAGAAACAAGUGCCCACUUUGAGCCAAUUGCUGAAGCAGAAACCGCACGAUCCAGUUUUUCAUUCGGAGUUGAAGGACUGUGUAGCAAAGGGUAUUUGGAACUCAAAGACUCCAUUGUGGGUUGAUUGGGAAAAGAAGCAGAUGGGAAAUGAUACGAAGGGAAUUGCGGGCCUAUUGGAGCCACAGGAGAAAUCCGAGUAG